CUUCCUCGGCCCGGGAAGCGCAUGCGAACAUUUCUUCUCACUGACUUUAGCGAUCAAAUCGACAGCAGUUCCAGAUUUUGCAGUUUCAAUCUCUGAUUCCAUACAAGAUUUCGAAGAAGAAAUGGGGAGUAGGAGUAUUGACAAUCUCUCUAUGGUUGAUGAAAUUCGAUGUUCCCAUGGUGGAACAUUCUUGUAUGACCUUGGCCAUCCUCUUCUCAAUCGCGUUGCUGAUAGCUUCGUCAAGGCUGCUGGGAUAGGUGCAUUGCAAUCUGUAUCUCGAGAGGCUUAUUUUACGGUUGCAGGAAGUGUUGAUUCGAACAUUGCACCACCGCCUGAAUUAUCGAGUAUGAGAAAGCAACGUUUUCCAGGUCUUAAAGGUGAAACCAACAAAGAGUCCCUUGAAGCCAUGGUGAAGAGCGUGGGAAAAGAAUCUAUCCAAUGGGGAUUAGCUGCUGGUGUUUACUCUGGUCUCACGUAUGGUUUAAAGGAGGCUCGUGGAGCACACGACUGGAAGAAUAGUGCAAUCGCAGGUGCGGUGACGGGCGUAGCCGUAGCACUCACAGCAGACAAGUCUUCUCACGAGCAUAUCGUACAAUAUGCAAUCACCGGUGCUGCUAUGUCAACAGCUGCAAAUAUAUUUGCGGGCAUAUUUUAGGGUGAUCCAUCAGAAUAUUAGGAGGAGGUAUGUGUAUAUGGCGACCGUAGCCAUUUCAUAAAAACUGUGGGGUGUUGGUGACGUUCAUUCCGUCUUUAAUUAAACUUUCAUUCUGUCUUUAAUUAAGUUGACUAUCUAUGAUGCUGUGCUUGCUUCUCUUUUGGAUUCUUGGUAUAAUAUUGAACAAGUUUGUCCCUAAUGAUGCUUCAAUUCCUGAGUUAGACCAA